UGCAGCUUCCCCUUUCCUGCUCGGGUUCCUUCCCUCACAGUGACUCUGAGAAGAAGGGGACCGUGCACCAUGGCCCCCCGCGCAGCCCUUGUCCGCCAAACCUGCUGUUGUUUCAAUGUCCGGAUUGCAACCUCAGCCCUGGCCAUCUAUCACAUGAUCAUGAGCGUCCUGUUGUUCAUUGAGCACUCGGUGGAGGUGGCUCACGGCAAAGCCUCCUGCAGGUUCUCCAGGGCUGUCUACCUAAGGAUGGCUGAUGUGAUCUCCAGCUUCCUGCUCAUCGUGAUGCUCUUUCUCAUUAGCCUGAGCCUGCUGAUUGGUGUGGUCAAGAGCCGGGAGAAGUGCCUGCUGCCCUUCCUGUCUCUACAAGUCAUGGACUUCCUGUUCUGCUUGCUCACGCUGCUGGGCUCCUACAUGGAGCUGCCUGCCUAUCUCAAGUUCGGCUCCCGGACCCAGCCUGGCCAUUCUAGGGUCCCGCUGAUGACCUUGCAGCUGAUGGACUUUUGCCUGAGCAUCCUGACCCUCUUCAGCUCCUACAUGGAAGUGCCCGCCUAUCUCAACUUCAAGUCCAUGAACCACAUGAAUUAUCUCCCGAGCCAGGAGGGUGUGCCUCACAGCCAGUUUGUCAAAGUGAUGAUCAUCUUUUCCAUUGCCUUCAUCACGGUUCUCAUCCUCAAGACCUACAUGUUCAAGUGCGUGUGGCAAUGCUACCAACUCAUCAAGCACAUGAACUCGGCAGCAGAGAGGAGCAGCUCCAAGAUGAUCUCAAAGGUGGUCCUGCCAACCUACGAGGAAGCCCUAUCUCUGCCCUCCAAGUCUCCAGAGGGGGUUCCUGUACCGCCCCCGUAUUCAGAAGUGUGACCUGGCCAGGCCCCAGCCCUCGAGCUGGGAGGGGGAGGCCAUGCCUUCAUAGCUGCUUCUUUGCUUUGGUGCCCCCACCUCCCAUGAACUGGGUGGGGCCAUCUAGCUAAUGGCAGGACAAUCUGCUUGUGUACCCCUCACCAGCCCACUCACAAUUGGGUCUCCUUCA